AUUUCGACAAACCCCUACCCUACUAACCAUUCUGAAGACUCAUCGGUUAGAGCAUACAUGACAUGAGAAAUAACCAAUUUAAAAACAAUAAAUAGAAUAUUUCUCUCCUUUGAAUGAUCUUACAUCAUUUUGGUAAGUUUUUCUUCACAAUGUUAAGCACAAUGUCUAGAUGUAGACAUUGUGGUUGACAUUGCAGACAAAAACUUACCAAAAACACAUACGACCGUGGAAAGGAGAGAGAAAUGUCAUAAAAUCAAUAUUUUGUGUCUAUAUCUCUCAUACCACAUAUGCACGUGCACAUUGUAGCAUUGGAGAUGCUCUUAGAGAUUCAGACUGAUGGUCUGCAAAACUUUCCAUCUACCGCAUACUCAUCGCUUAGCUUUCGUACUCAUGGAACAUUUGCCGGCCGUGUGAGUGCGGUUGUUCGAUUGUCAGCGUUCGUCGAGCUGUUGAAACAUGAUGUUCACCUCACAACUAUCAUUGUCUGCGGAUUCCACCGCUUCUCCGACCAAAUUCAAAGCUCUAGCGACUACAUCCCAGUCGUUUGGUAUAGAUCUUUUCCUAUUUAUCAUCCUCAAUUUUUGUUCAAAUAUAUCAUUUUCGUGAACAUUUCUUCUGAAAAUAUAUGUUUUUG